CCCGCCCCCCACCUUCUCCCCGGCUGGCUCCCGGCGCCGCCCCGCCCCCACCUUCUUCCCGUCUGGCUCCCGGCGCCGCCCCUGCUUCCACCCACCAUUGCCGCCACGCCCCUGCUUCCGGCUGCCAUCGCCGCCACGCCCCUGCUUCCAGCCGCCGCCACUGCUGCCCCUCUGCCUUCUUCCAUGGCGGACCAACCCUGUUGCCGUGCCACAUGGUCAAGGUCGCGUAGGAGAAGCUGUCCCUGGCCCAGCCGAUGUGGCCCGGCACCCGGAACGACAUUCUCGCAAAUUGAAGGCUGAUCUAGAGGCGUUGAAGAGGGAAUGUUCUGAGAAAUCGAAGCAACAGACUGAGCUAGCACUUGAACUGUUUGCUGCACAUGCUGAGCGGGAUUCCUACAGGCACGAAAUUGAAGAAUUGAAGUCAUCACGGCAAGAGUCAUCUCGGCAAGAGUCAUUUCAGCCAGAGUUAAGUAGACGGCAAAUAAAAUCUGUAACCCCCAAACGUGGGGACUGGAUCAACAUGGAGAAGGAAGUAGAAGACGAGAUGAAGUUUCUGAAAGAAUCAAAUGCAAGCUUACAAGUACAUUUGAAGAGCACUCAAGAGGCAAAUAUAGAGCUUGACCACCGCCGUGCCCCUGCGCCCUAACCAUCGCUGAUGUCCAACGCCAUGGUGCCUCCCAUGGCGGCCGUUCACUGCCGCCUCCCUGGGCUGCUCAACAACACAGCGCCGAGUCAUUCAACGCUGCAGCUCUACCACCAUUAGCAACUCUGACUUUCAUGGUGUGGUUCCGGAGGUUCAGGGCUCCUUUGAUUCAAAGGAAUUGCAUAGGAUUUUUAGAGGAUUUGAACCCUUAGGAAAUUUUUCUUGUAAUGCUUGUUUGAUUCGUAGGAUUGGCAUCCUUAGGAAUUUUUCCAUAGUAUCCAUUUGUACUACAUUUUGAAGGAAAAUUUCCAUCCACUCAAACCUAUUUAUAGAAUUCCUUUUUUUUUCCUGCGCUAUCAAACAUUCUUUCAAAUCAUGUAGGAUACUAUAGGACAUGCCAUCCUAUUCCUACAUUUUUCCUAUUCCUUCAUUUUGACAAUCCUGCGAAUCAAAGAGGCCCUCAGUUUUUUCAGUGUAUGUUUACGAAUGCAUGUCUAGUUUAUUCUCUAUUUCCCCAUGUCAAUUGCUGAAAAUAUUAUCAAUCGCGUCCCCCUCGGUCCAAGUAUGUUAGCCGCAUGAGAUAAAAAAUCAGCUACUUUUAACUGAAUAAAAUGUCACACAAGUUCAGUUAUAUCUGUUGCAGGAGUUCAAAAAUCUGAACAAACAAAGCUCAAACCAAGUUAAAAAUUUGUUUUCCUUCAUAAAUUAGUUGUUUUUUGGUUAAUUCACUGUUAUGGACAGUACAAAUACACACUGUUGUGUAGUACAUGUGUGUAUUGUAAUUGUGGUUUGGAGCUCAGAAAAAAGAUAACAAAAAGGUUCAUAGAAUAACCCAAAACAUUCGGUAGUUUUGUAAGCCCAAAUUUGAGUUCAACAUGUUUUCUAACAUCAUCUCAUUAAGAACCCCAGAAACGGUUCAAUGUGUGUGUUCAAAAAAAUAGUGUGGCUAUAUAUAAAAAAAUUAGUAGCUCGGCAAAAAGAAGUUUAACCGAUUCAGUGCAAGUUUUGCUUCUAAAAACUGGCAUUGUUCAUCAUGUACUGAUCCAUUUGAACUAUGGAUGUGUUUGAAAAAACGGAUGUUCAGCAUGUACUGAAAAUGCCUUUAAAAAAUGAGUAAAUAGCAUCAGUGAGUUCUAGUACUUAUAUUGCAAAAGUUCAUUGACAAAAGAAAUAUCAGUACAGUAUGAUGCUUCAGUUAGAAGAUCACUGAUGCUAUUUCCUUCAUAGUUUCCCUGUUGUUUCAACUUUUUUUAACCUUUUUGUCUCUAAAUUCUGCAUCUUUUUUUUUUGUUUACAGACUAUACACAUGAUACUUGUACUGGGACUAGAGUAAAAGUAUUACUUCCAUGCAUGUUCAAUUGAAAAAACACUUUAAGUUUCAGGAAUUGAAGAAUUCUUUUAGGAAGAAAUAGCCUUUUGAGCUACUGUUGAUGGCUGGCAUUUGUGCCCCGAAGUACGAGUUUGGAAGGGCAGGAAGUUCUAUUGCUGGCAAAACAUACACUCUGUACAAAAGAAGGUGGUGGAAAACCAAUAAGUGCUACUACUGGUGUACACCAAGUUCAAGGAUUUUGCCAUGCUCGAGCAUCCACUGGCUCCGACCUCCACCCGCUGCCGCGCGCCUGGGAUCCGCAACCUCCAACCUCUCGUGGGCCUCAGCUGGUUUCUCUGUCCCGAAUGUCGCCGCGGGCCUCCCUGCAGCAUGGCUUCGGUUCCCUCUCCAGAUGCGAUGCAUCAAAAAGCCAGAUUCACAAAUUCAUCUCCUAUAUGCUUUUCAGUUCAUGGACUUCCCAUUGAUAAAUACACUAGUUAGGAUCUUCAUUGCUGGAUCCCGUCGUCGGUGUCGAUAGCGUCCAUGAGCACCAACACCUCACAUCCGGUGUGAGCAGCUCCUGAAACUAUUUCUUAAUGUUGCUACAAGUCUGCACUUAUGGUUCAGUCCUACUAGUACUGAUGAAAUAUAGACUUGAGUGGAAAAUUUAGUUGAUUCAUUUUGUGAACACGUAUCCGUUUCAGUGUUAAAAAUAGGAACACAAUAAGUUAACUUUGCAAGUGCAUCAGUUCACCUUGAAUGAAAUACAUAAGUGCACCAUCAAUUUUUCCAUCAGUUCACUUAUUAAAAAAACAGAAAGUUGGUUGUGUAAAGAAAACUGAAGAACCAAUGUCAGUCUAGAAGUUCAGUAGGUAACUCCAGGCAAGUGCACUCGUUAGAAAAUUUGGGGUUUCCUACAUUUUAGAGACUACAGAAAUUGAGUUUGCUAUGUUUGCAUUACUUAACGUGUAUGUAUGAUGUAUUAAAUUCCAGUGCAAAAUUAGUGAAGUUCAGUACAAUUUGUACUAUAAAAUACAGUACAACAAGCAAUUCUUUUGAGUGUUUUUACACAACCAAUGAUGUUGGCAUUUCACUUCAAGGAUGCAGUCCUGUGGUAUAGCAACUUAGUAACUAGAAAUAAUAUACAUCAGUUCAAAAAAUACUUGCCAUGAGUAGUUAGGAGUUUAUUUGGGCUGGUUAGCAAUUCGGUAACUAGAAAAAGGAUACAUCCAAAUAUACUUUCCAUAAGUAUUUAACCACUGACCUGAGAAUUAAACAUGAUGCUCAGUGUAUUCUCUCAAUCUUAGUUGUCUUGCCUCAUAUGAAAAAAUAGUGUUAUAUUAUAUGGUGCUAAUUUACAUCAGGACAAGAUGCAUCCUUUUCAUCAGCUCAAGAUCAUUUGGUUCAGUUAUUUCUUAAAAAAACUUUGAAUUAAAAACAUGAAUAAAGGUGCAUUCUUCUGGCUGCCCUCGGCGAUGCUCCCCACCACCACUCUGCCUCGUCCCGGUGAGUGGUCUGGCACCGCUGCGUCCAGCGGUCCAACACCGCUGGCCGAGGCGAUUCACCGUUGCCUCAUUGUGAGUUCGCUGUCAAGAACAAGCUAGACCACCUAUAGUCCCCGGUGGUCGCCUUGGCCGCCCUCGACCACAAGCCCAUCCACCAUGGUUACUGGCAGCCGUCAAAGUGGAGCGCGGACAACAGUCCAAGUUGAUGCAUGAUCCCCAUUCCUUCUCCCCCUGGGUGCCCCUCCACUCUUUUUUAAACUGAACCUAAACACCUGUACUACUAUCUCAUCUGCUAAAAAUGAAGACGUCGUCUCAAAUGUGUGGAAAGAAUUGCAUUGUAUUUUGUGCUUGUGAGUUGCUCAAAUGCUUGUUUGCUGUUGUUCAUAUUCGCAUGUGAAAAAAGUUUAUGUAAAUUAUGUGGCUAGUAUAGUUCGGAAAAAAGUGUGGAGAUGACAAAUCUAAAGUUUACUUUCCAGGAACUUUGCUUGCAACACCUGGACAGGUCAAAAUUUGUGGCACGUUCAGUACAAAAAAAAUGUGGAGAUGAAGUAAAUUUGAAACUUUGCAGGGGCUGGGGGUACUUCACUACUAAAUUAACAUUGAUUCAAUAUGUACUCCCUCCGGUCCUUUUUACUCUGCAUAUUAGGUUUGUCUUAAGUCAAUCUCAUCCAACUUUGACCAAGUUUAUAUAAAAGAUUAUAGAUUUUCACAUAACAACACCAAUAUCAUUAGAUUCAUCUUGGAAUAUGUUUUCAUAUUAUAUUUAUUAGAUAUUAUAGAUGCUAAUAAUUUCUAAUAUAAAUUUGGUCAAACUUAGCAAAGUUUGACUUUCGGCAAAUCCAAUGUGCAGAGUAAAAAGGACCGGAGGGAGUACUAGAUGUUCUUGUACUAAUGCUCAACAGCAAGUCCAUGUAUUACUACAUGAGAAGUACAAAAAUUACUUCUAGUGAGAGUUCAUUUAAAUCAUGAUGUCUGAAUCGAGGUUAGCCCCUGCCACCAUGCUCCUACACGGCCGGGUGGUCAUGAUGAUUAGCAGUACAUACACAAAACACCAAUGUUUGCUUGAUGGCCAUUCCUGAUCUACAUACUUACGUAAGAUGCAUACAUCUAUGCACGUGUAUUGAUGAAUUGGUUUACUAGUAGAACCUUGUAAAGAUAUUCCCACUUAUUGUAUACACGUAGAUUUUUGAAAUUAGUGUCUGCUGAUGUGGCUCAUAUGCUUGAACUUACAUCUAUCAAAAAAAUGACAUGUUAAUUUCAUGCACGGCCGCCGCGGUUUGCUUGCAUGUGUAGGAGUACUAUGUAGUUGCAGAUUAGCUAUUACUCUCACUCGGCAUGGUUUGGAGGAGUGCUAGCUAGUUGCACAUUGUAUCAGGUGUUUCUUUUACUGCUCUGCUGCUGAUUCUUGGACACAGUAUACUUUCUCAUAUGUUUCAUUAAAUAGAGCACAUGAAACCUAAGUCAGUACUUAGUAAUGUCAAUUUUGUGAUGCAUUUUCUUUCCGUUUAGGACCUGCACGAGUUUCGGCCAAGGAACCAUCAUCGGGAAGCAGGGUGUCCCCUGAGUUCUGUGCAACAACGGUCAUUGAACUCGGUAAGCCUUGCACAGAUAGCAUGUGCAAUGAUGAAUGCAUGAAGAUCUUUCCAGGUCCUGGCGACUGUGAGAAAGGCAAGUGCUUAUGCGGCUUUUGCUGAAGAAGAAAGGCCUAGCUUAACUGGGGUAGGAGUACUCAAAUCAGGUGUCGAUGUUGUGGAGGCUUUUGAUCUUUCCCUGGUUAUGGUGUACAUGAAUAAUAGUUCACAUGGAUAAAUUUUUUAGCUA